GUAGGAGGAAACUAGAAAACACUACGACUGCAUGGCCGUUCCAUCCGCUUCUUGCUAUUUCCCGUCUUGAGGUCUUCUCUUUAUUUAUGUGCUGCAAUUAAAGCCAUUGUUUCAGCCGCGUGUCCUCGGGAUAGAGAAUAAUACCGGAUAACAGCGAGAUAAAAAAAAGAUAGAGAUCGAUAUCUGAGAGUGAUUUUUACCCCUGUAUGGAUCAAAGAGCGAAGAAGAGAGUGACGGAAGCCAAGCUGAAAGCUCGACCAGAAUUAAGCAACGAGAAACAUGGUUGGAGGAGGCACAACUACUGUCGGAAAUUUGAUUUGAAUCUGUCUAAUGUUCGUGAUAAUGUUGAACGUGUUGAUGUGACUAAAAUAACAUACGAAGAAUUUGUUAGACGCUAUGAAUCCAAAUACAAGCCAGUGGUGUUGCUAAAUGUUCAAGAAAAUUGGAAAGCAAAAGACAAAUGGACAGUAGAGAGGUUAUCGAAAAAAUAUCGGAACCAAAAGUUCAAAUGUGGCGAAGAUGACGAAGGUUAUUCUGUGAAGUUGAAAAUGAAGUACUUUAUAGAUUAUAUGAAACAUAAUCGAGAUGACAGUCCUCUGUACAUCUUUGACAGCAGUUUUGGUGAGCAUCCAAAACGUAAGAAAAUUCUAGAAGACUAUUCUUUACCUUCAUUCUUUCAAGACGAUUUGUUCAGAUUAUGCGGAGAAAAACAACGACCUCCAUAUAGGUGGUUUGUGAUGGGAUCUGCUCGUUCUGGAACCGGGAUCCACAUAGACCCCUUGGGCACAAGUGCAUGGAAUGCUUUAGUGAACGGACAUAAGAGGUGGUGUUUGUUGCCAACGCAUACGCCUAAAGAUCUGGUGAAGGUUCCACACUGCGAAGGAGGAAAACAAAGAGACGAAGCUAUUACCUGGUUCCGAUAUGUUUAUCCCAGAACCCAGUUGCCAUCUUGGCCUCGUGAUUGUGCUCCUCUUGAAAUAUUACAGAAGCCUGGAGAGACUGUGUUUGUCCCCACCGGUUGGUGGCAUGUUGUCAUCAACCUCGACAACACCAUUGCUUUAACUCAGAACUUUUGCAGCUUUAACAAUUUCCACAUAGUUUGGCAUAAAACAGUUCGUGGAAGACCAAAAUUAUCGAAAAAAUGGUACAAAAUAUUAAAAUCAGUUCGUCCAGAUGUUGCUGCUAUUGCUGAUAGCAUUGACCUACAGAAACCAAUCGGCGUCAACUCAGACAGUUCCAGCUCGGCAUCAUCAAGUUCCUCUGAUUCUGACAGUGAUUCCAGCAGUGACAGUUCAAUUCCUGUUGUGAGGAAACGGUGCGAUGGCUCUAGUGGGGUUCCUAUGUCUUCUUAUGACAACAUAGCACCUAAAACAAUUAUCAACAACAUGCUCUAUGCUUCAAAGUCACACGCACUUUUGAGUGAUGGCCAUGGUUUUGGAUUUGAGAAAAAUAAUUUCUGA